AUUGCAGUAUCUAGAGACAGCAGAAAUACAGCGUGGGUAUCCUUUGAUGGAAGAAAAAGACAAGAGCUUUUACACGGGGAUAGUCUCAGAGUCACCACCUCCAUAUAUCCUGUUCCCUCAAUCUGUGCAGAGGACCAGAUUGCUGACUGGUUUGCAUCUCUAGAUGAAUGUCUUCGCUGGAAUGACCGCAAGCGCCAAAAGCACUUUGAUGAUCCAGAUGACCUAUCCCCCCCAGACCUCACUCCAGACCUAACCCAUUCCUCAAGCUCAGACACUCUGGACUCACUUAGUGAGAGAAACGAAGGCUUUGAUAAUUAGGCUGGUCCAGUGUGGAAGGGAUCAUGAACAGAAGAUGCACAUAGCAAAAGUGAAUAUGAAAAAAUGACUUUUUGGGCAGUGCAUGGACUGUGUUUCUCUGACUGAUAUAGUGUACAUUCAUGUCAAAUGCUCAUUCCUCCAAGUGCUGUAUUAUUCUAAAAAAAAAAUGUUUGCACAGUUUUUAACAUAUUUCAUCCAUGUGGUCUCAUAUGCUGUAUCAUCACAUAAACUGUUAUUUUGUCUUGACAUUCUUUUUGAUAUGUGAGGAUGGUUAUCAUUUGCCAAGGGUCUCAUCAGCAGUUGUCAUUUCACAAAAAAAGAAGAUUUACAUUUGAUGAUGAAAUUUCAUUAGUGCCUGCAGUUAAUGAGCUAGCUUUUGUUAACUAGGUCUUAUGUUACAUGUCUUUUAUAAUGUAUAUUUGUUUAAUAAUUUAUUUAUUAAAGUUUAAAAAGAGUCAUCAAAAUCCAAAUAAGAUGAAUAUGUUGUUGACACAUAUUUUAUUUUUCUAAGUCUGUUAUCAUGUAUCUUAGGUGUGAACACAUGGAUUUACAUGAGAAUUUUUUUCAAUGAAAGAAAAAAAAGUCAUGUAAUCUUUAAAUUUUCAAAGUAACAUAUUGGGUUAACUAGCCAAGAAUAACUUGUUGUACUUUGAUUUACAUCCAUAUCUUUUGUAGGAAGCAAAAUAAUUUGUCAGUUACGUGAGUGUUAAGUUUUCAAUAAACAUAAUGUUGAGUUACCAUCAGUACUGUCAAAUUCAGGAGGUUUAUAGCAAAAAUUCCUUAGAGAAGUGUAUCUGUCGUAUCAAAACUUGUGUAAUUUGGUUUUUGUAUACCGAAUUCCAAAUUCCUUUUAAGAUCAGUUUAUUGGGAAUAUUUUUUUCCACUUUCCUUUUUUUUUCUUUUUAACUCCUAAGGAGGUCAUGCAACAAGUUGGUGCUUCAGACAUCAAUUGUGAGAUGUAAUAUAUACUUUAUAGGUUUGGAGUACAAUAAUGAUAUGCCAAACUGUUAUCUAGCAUAUCAUUAAUUCUUUCUCAUUACCCUCUAAUAAGUAGUUCUUGUAUAUGCAAAUUGAUAACUGGAAUGGGUGAUUAUGUUCUCACCUCAGAAGGUACUAGAUUUUGAUCAGGUAUAGGUAAUGAAUGCAUUAGGAUGCACAAGUUAAAACUGGUCCCUAGUAAAAGUUGUUUGGAUGUCCACUCUUGGGUUUUAAGGGCUUUAUAUAAAACAUGUAUGAGAUUCAGAGAAUUGGUAAGGUAAUGUGAACAGAAAUUAUACAGGUUUUAAAAGAAAUGAUUAUACAUCUGUUCAUGUUUUGUGUUUGCAAACUUCACAAAAUUCCUUGAGGCGGUUGAUUGGACACAUUAGUUAUCUCAGCAAAGUUAGAAGGCUCCAGUGGACAGCAAAUUAUAUUUAUGUUCAAAUCUGUUCAAUUUAUGCAAUAUACAAUCCAUGGCAGUGUCCGUGGUCUGAUAAAACACAAGACACUAUCAUGAAUCCUUCCACAUGUAAGUGCUGCCUUGAGCAGAAACACAAAGGAGUUCUGUUUGGUAUAGUGGGUAAGUCAUCACUGUUCUCUCAAAGUGUAGCUCAGGUUUAUAAUUGCCAUUUGUCUGUUUCAUAUUAAGGAAUUAAUGAGCAUUGUAUUGUGGAACGUCACUUAAGUGUAUGUUGCAAUUUUGGAUAAUUUAACAGUAGUAUCAGGAAGUAUUUUUUAUUAGUUUUCAUCAUCACCACAAAAACUUAGGCCUUAGUGAUACAUGGAUAAUAUAUCA